AGUGAAAACUAGAUUUUCAUAUGCCUUUCCAAAGGAAUUUCCUUAUAGGAUGAACCAUAUAUUAGAAUGUGAAUUCUAUCUUUUAGAAUUAAUGGAUUGUUGCUUGAUAGUGUAUCAUCCUUAUAGACCUUUGCUCCAGUAUGUGCAGGACAUGGGCCAAGAAGACAUGUUGCUUCCCCUUGCAUGGAGGAUAGUGAAUGAUACCUACAGAACGGAUCUUUGCCUACUGUAUCCUCCUUUCAUGAUAGCUUUAGCUUGCCUGCAUGUAGCCUGUGUUGUACAGCAGAAAGAUGCCAGACAGUGGUUUGCUGAGCUUUCUGUGGAUAUGGAGAAGAUUUUGGAAAUAAUCAGGGUUAUUUUAAAACUGUAUGAGCAGUGGAAGAAUUUUGACGAGAGAAAAGAGAUGGCAACUAUUCUUAGUAAGAUGCCGAAACCAAAACCUCCUCCAAACAGAAAUUCCCUGAGUGAUUCUUCACUAGUGGCAGGGCCUGAAGCUGCAAGAUGAUGAUGGACAAGAUAAGGCAAUAAUCCUGUUGCCACAGUUACUGUGAAGGAGAGCAGGGUCCAAAUGGAAGUCAGAACUCUAGCUACAGCCAAUCUUAAAACAUUCCGAAGAAUUCUGUAGUGGACCAGUUGGAAAUAAACCAUUGGACAGAUUUCAAUAAUGUCUUCAAUGGAACACAAAUGAAAAUGAAUAGCUUGUUUCUGUCAAGCAUGUUGGGAAGUGAUUUUAUUUUUGCAAAAUAAGUUUUUCCUUACCGAAUUUGAUUCUAGUACGUGAUUGAUUAAAAUCUAUUGUUUAUGAAAGUUUGGAAAGGUUCUAAGGGGACCUACAGACAGACAUACAUAGACAUUUGAAAGUUAAUAGCUUUUGAUUAGUAUAAUUUUUCUUAAUUUGGAUAAUAGAAAUUGUUGCUUUUUAUUAAGCCAGGAAAGAUGAAGCAUAAUUUGUUUAAAAUUCUCUUUGGUCAUUGAGCGACCAAAAAAGGAAAUAAAAAGUCAAAUAUAUGAGGGUUUUUUUUUCCCUCCUUAAGUUAAACUUUAAAACUGUAUUUAAGGAAUCAAAUCUUACAAAAUCCUGGAAGGUUUUGAUAAUGAUGAUGAUAAUUUCAGGGAAAUUAAUCAAGUACCUAUUGAUUUUAAAGCAUAUUUUAUUCAGUAGUUUUGGUAUCUUGCCAUGGAGGAUACUAGCCCAGCCUAGCAGAAAAGUGCAAUAUGUAUAGCAUAUUUUGACAUUUUAAAAGUUAUAUUCCAUAACCAUUUUGAAAUGCUGGGCAAACAUUAAAAAAAUCCUAUACAAAGUUAUUUGCAUUUAAUUCAGUUAAUCAGGCAUUUUGAAAGCUAAUUGGAUAAAACACCAUAAUAUUAUUGAAAUUUGGUAACAUUUUAAUGUUAUUUUUACUCUACUGUGAAAAGUUUUUUAUAUGACAUACACACCCUAGUUUAUUUUUGUGUCUUAGUGUGGACUUACAAAUUUACUACAGGUAUCCUGAGCCAGGAACACAAUCAGGUUGCAGGCCAGUUUGAUACUGGCUAUUCUUAAUUCUCAUAUGAGUGUAGGACUUCAGACUAAAUGUUAUGUCAGUGGGACUGUGCUGUCUGUGGAAGUUAAUAAAUUACGUGAUCAUUUUCUUCAGACUUGAAGGAGAGUGAUAAAUAAGAUUUGGAAUCAUAGGAUAUUGAUGUACAAUUUAAGGAUUAAAAUUUUUUAUAAAUCAAUUGUGAACAAUGGAUUAUUAAAUGUUGACUUCCUAGUAUAAAACUGCAAGAAUAAAAGUAAAUUCUCCAGCUAUAUUGACUAAUGUCUUGAAUUUAUCUUUUUGAAUCUGCCUUAUGUUGUCUUCUUAGUCUUUCUUCCUUUGGAUAAGUAUUAAAGCCUUCAUAGUUUAUCAAGUGGGUAAUUAAUUUCAAAUGGUUUAUAACCAGACUUUUAGAGUUCUGCUUCCUUGUGGAUAGUAUCACAUAAGCUGGAAAGAGAGAUUAUAAAGUCAGUACCAAUGACAGAAGUAGGUCUCCUAGGCUUGUGAAAUAAGAAAAAAAAGCUCUCCUCAGGUCUGAAGGAAUUAAGAUUGGGCUUGGGUUGGAAGGGCAGAGUGAUUAUAUAUUAUAAUCAUUGACUUAACCCUAAUUUUUCCUUUAAGCUUACCUAUAUUUCUAAAAAAUUUUUAUUUUGAAAAUACAUAUGCCUAGUAGUUUUAUUUUCAACCUCUUAUUUAAGUAGAAAAUUUAACACAACAUAUACAAGAGUAGAUAAAAUAUUGUAAUGAACCUCCAUAUACCUAUCACUCAACUUUAACAAUUAUCGACACAUGGCCAAUUUCAUUUCAUCUAAACUCCCACCACUUCCUCCAACAUGCAUAUUAUUUUGAAGCAAAUACAAGAUAUCAUUUUGUCCAUAAUUAUUUCAGUAUGUAAUCCUAAGAGAUAAUGGCUCUUUAAAAAACAAAACAACACAAAACCCCCAAUAGAAGACUUACUGUACCCAAAAGAGUCAAAGUAAUUUUGUAAUAUCAAAUAUCCAGUGUUUACAUUUUCAGUUAUCUCAUUAAUAUCAUAAAUAUUAUUAAAUAAUUCUACUUAGGAUCUAAAUAAAGACCACACAUGCAAUUCAUUGAUAAAUCCUUUAAAUCUUUUAAAAUUCAUGGAUUUCUCCUUUAUUUCAUUAAAAAAAUUCCCCAUUUUGGUUUGCUUGUCCACUAAGAAUUUCCCACCAUAUGUAUUUUGCAGAGUGUAUCCUUGAGGUGCUACGUAACAUGUUCUUUUCUUCUCUGUAUUUCUAUAAAUUGGUAAUUGAAUGCAAAAGCUUGAUCAGGUUCAGGCUCAAAUUUUUUUUUUCCAUUAUAGGCUACUGUAUAAAGUAUCUCCUAUCAGAAGGCAUAUAAUGGCUGGUUGUCUCUUUCUGUGAUUUAGCAGCCAUUGAUGAUGUGUGUUCUUUCUAAACAUCAAAUAUUACCAUAGGCUGCACUGUCCAGUGAGAUAGCCACUAGCCACAUGUGGCUAUUGAACACUAAAAAUGUGGCUAGUCUGAAUUGAAAUGUGCUAUAAAUGUAAAAACACACAUUGGAUUUCAAUACUUGGUACAAAACAAAAGAAUGUAAAAUAUCUGAUUUGUUUAUAUUGAUUACAUGUUUUAAAUGAUGAUUUUUUAGAUACAUAAGACUAAAUAAAACACUAUUAAAAUUAAUUUCACCUAUUUUACUUAAGUGUAAGAAAACUAAAAAUCA